AUGGUUGGUAGGGCUUCUGUUACUCGUGAGCUCGGUUCCCCCGCCGCGCUGGCGGACUUGAGUUCUGCACACUCGCGUCGAAGCUCUUCUAGGGCUUCUCAAAGAACAGCCCCAGCUCGCGAGCUCAACACGUCAAACCUAACACAAUCAUCGUACUCUCUUCCCCCAACUCCUCUCACUUCGUCUUUUGAAGAGUUUCUGCCUUCUGCAAAGAGACGUAGAACUCAACGUGCUGUUAACUCUGCGGACCAAACUCCUCUUUCGGGUGUUGCAGAGACUCCAGUCCACAGAGCAUUCUCUGAACCAUUUCAAACCCCCAAGUCGUACAAUUCUUCCGCGAAACCUCCUCGUCCUAGUAACCUUGCGCAGUCCAAUACUCAGGCCUCUCAAGUGCAAGACGCGUCUCUCACAGAGCCUGAGCCAGGGACUCCGACGAGCUCCAAAUCUAAUCCGCCUCCUCCUGCCGAGGAGCGUCCAAUUGAGCAGUCUCAGAUCGAUCCACAAGCUGAUCUACUGACAAUCACUCCGAAGAACCUUCCGACCAGGGAAAAAUCUAUUACCAUCAAACCUGAACCAGACAAAGAGAACUCCACAGACUCACCUUCCACGAUGGGUGCCGCAGUUUCUCAUCAUCGCAAGGCUAGAAAGUCCUUGCCAGCUCGAAGUGCGAGCCAGGAAGAUGGAGCUGCCCCAUCUAAGCCUUCUUCGCGCGCCUCUACUCCGCAGACUUCUCGUCGAGACCGGAAGUCAAAGCUCGGUGCCCAUACCGGUGCAAAGAUUACCAAGGCACCGCCAGCUUCGAAGGCACAGACGACGCCAAGUACUAAGGCGAAAACGCUGGAAAAUGGCUCUGUGAACUCCACUACGCCGACGAAGCAGCAACAGACCACAACCCUUGUUGCCUCAUCCACCAGACCACGUCGCGGCGACCGCAGGUCUACCAGAACCGCGAACGAGCAAACACCGAGCAGCUCAAACCAAGGAACUGCGAAUUCAGCGUCCUCAGUGGCUCAAAACAAAAGCAAUGAGCACGCCCAGUCACAAUCGCCUAGCAAACGAAGCAACAUGGUAACACUCAACGUGGGCCGUAAAUCGUUGGAGUCUUUCCUGGCCCAGCAGAAAGCUCAUGAUGAUGAGCUCGCCAACCACACCAGCACUCCCGGCCAUACUGAAAAUGGGGAUUACCAUUUCGAUUACGAUUCGGAGAUGUAUAAGAACAACUACGGCCUUGAUGGUCAUAUGGAUGGCCCAACUUCUCCAACUAGUCUUUCCACGACGACCUCCGCCGCUGCACGCACCUCCGGACGCACACGUAAACCAACUAUUCGAGCGAUGGAAUCGCUCGAAUCGGAGAAGCGAAACCGCCGUACACGUGCAGCAUCGAACAAGCCAAACUCUGAAGCAACCACGGGCACUACCACACGUUCCAAACAGAAGUCAGCACGGCAUUCACCAACUCCCGCGCCAAAAGCAGCAAGAAAACCUGAUGUUAUGAUCAUCGCUAAGCAGAUUUAUGAGCUAGCUGCUGCUGCCGUCGCACCAGGAUUUGUCCCCGCAUCAGAGGUUGAGAUAUGGAUCAAGGAGCUGCAACGAAAGGUCGACGAGAAAGCAAAAGAGAAAGAGGCAGUAGCGUCGCCGGAACCCGCGGAAGAACCGCAAACGGAGAGGGAAAACACGCCACCCUCCAGCAAGCCAUUCGCGGAUAACGUACAAGCUUCAGCGCCGCGGACUGAUGAAGACGGUUGGAAAUACACAGGCCAAGUCAACAAACACGAAGAAGAGUAUGUCAUUGUUCCAGAGGAUUACGAAUGGUAUCGUCCCAACAACACCUACGGAGAUGAUGAGCUUCCUCUUCCCCCUGUCCGCGUGAGGUCGUUGGUCCAGGCUGAAAAGGACCGCGCGCUUGGCUAUCCUCCACGUAUCGGAGACCGCAAUACACCAGUCGAUAAUCAAGGAUGCUUCCUGUUUGAAAACAUCCCCGAAGAGCGCCGUAUGCUUGAGAUUAGAGAAGCCGCGCGCGCAAGGGGAAUUUAUGUCUCCAGCUUCAUGUCCUUUGAAGAAGUCAACAAGAUGAUCAAGCUCUAUGACAGUGGGCAGCCACCCGUACUAUCUCCACCACCCGCACCCCUCGUACCUCCUACUCCCGAAAACAUCCCAACGAAAGCGAAAGAACCUUCUCGCAAACGCCGCCGCGCCGAGGCUACUUCCGCUAAUAAAACGACCGAGUCCGUUGAUACCCCCAAACCGAAGAGACGCCGCCAAGGAGCCAAUAACACGGAAACCCCUCCCGCAGCGACUCCCACUCGGCCUACCCAAGAAGAUAAGGAAAAGGAAAAAGACAAGGACAAGGACAAGGACAGUCCACCAGAUGAGAAAAAGUCAUUCAAAAUUACCUUGACGUUUGAAAACAAGCGAUUUCUCCUGGAGCAGGCUUCGAGUGACACCGAUGGCACUGACACUGGCCAGUCCGAUGUCGAAGACAACGGCCCAGAGAACGCUCGCAGUCAGGAAUUGCAGUUGUCGGCAAUUGAGGCUCCUACUACCGAAGCCGCUGUAGAAUCAGCUCCAGCACCUUCCACUCCCGCAAAGCCAACAGAUCAGGCUGAGAAUCCCAAUACUGAGGUUACUCCCGGCUCUGCCGAGCAUCCUUCUACUGAAAUUACACCUGGAGGCCGGCCCCGUCGCCGUGCCGCCGAUGCCCUAAUGGCCAACUUCCAGAAGCAUGCCGAAGACAGGGCUAAGCGCGCGGAAAGAGCUCGCCUUGGCCAUGCUCGCAGAAAGGGGACCCCCCUGAAAACAGUUACCGGAAUCCACGGAGACACGGUUGAAUCCCCGAUUCGUCCUCCUGCCGUCGAUCCCAUGAAUCUUGAUUAG